AUGAUUUCUCAGGCUCCCCAGUUCACAGGUAGCCCGCAAAUGUAUGAGGGAAUCCAUCAAGACGAGAUUGUGCAUCGAGUUCCUCGCAAAGACGUGCACAAGCUCUUGGGAUCUCAACUGUCUGCCGAUCAAGCUCAGCAGGCACAGGCACUUCUGCCAGAUAACAUCACCGUCAUGGAGGCACCUUGGUCCGAGGCGGGCGGAUACGACAUACCGCCCAGAGAGAACACCCUGGACAGCGAGGAGGCAACUCCAAUAUAUUCAAUUCUAAGAUGGUGGUAUUUGGAAAUAGGAUGUUGCUUCUUGGCCAUGGCAAGUCUUGUUUCCCAGGCAGUAGUUCUGUGGCAAUAUGACGGCAAGCCGCAAGAUUCUUGGCCUAGCACGACCUUGACUCUCAACGGUUUGAUAGCGAUAUUGGCCACGGUCUGUCGCGCGACCUUCAUGAUUACCGUAGGCGCUAUUCUCAGCCAGUCUAAGUGGAAUCAUUUCUCUGGAAGAGGGAAGAGUGCCGGGUAUCGGCGGCUGGAUGACUUUGGCUUAUUCGACGACGCCUCCAGAGGUUCAUGGGGAAGUUUGCAGUUGAUGUGGAGGUUCAAGGGGGCCCACAUCGCCUGCGUUGGAGCCUUGUUGACGAUGUUGUCUCUAGCUCUCGGCUUUUUUUCUCAGCAACUAAUCACCUUACGGGUGGACCAAGUCAGAAGCAGUUCGCCAGGCCAAGCAGGCACUGUGGCUAGAAGCCAAUGGGUGAAUACAGUAACGGGAUACGCAAACUCUUGGAGCCCUCAAACACCCACAAAACUUGCCAUGUAUGAAGGAUUUAUGUCCCCAGGCGUUAGCCUACCACAAGUCCUUUGCCCGACAGGAAAUUGCACUUGGCCCAUCACACCAACCGUCGGAGUAUGCGGCGCUUGCGUGGACCUGACAGCAGAAAUCAAAAUCAAUCGAAGCCCCUCUUCGUUUUGUAUUGUGUCUGCGCCAGAUGGCACCCAGCUUUCUGGGUACUGUGGCUCAGGGAGCGACUUUAUGCCGGUUUUCAAUAUCAGCACUGGCUCAAACCGAACCUUCGAAUCCACGGAUACUCGAAUGGUCAAGGCAGAUGCGCCCAACCUGAUUGCUCAGUUCAGCGCUCUCGGCAUUCCAGGCGGCAUGCCAGCGACUACACCUCUCGAUGACUCCCGCGCGGCUGAAUGCGCCCUUUGGUAUUGCCUUCAAGCACGAGAGGUCACUGUCAAGUCAGGAGAACUGAGUGACAACAUCAUCGAUACUUGGAGUGAGGCAGCGGGGAGCUCGACUCCUGAUGGGAGAAAUGUUACAUUUGCGAACAUCCCGGCUCACUUCAACACCGAAGCUGGCAAGAGCUACGGAAUGGGCCCGUGGCAGAUGUACGCCAUGCAAGGGUACGCGAAGGAAAACAUCAUAGGAAACGUCAGCGCCGAUGGGACAUUGGGGAUUGUCUUCGCGUCGGCGUCUCCCUACGCGGACGGAAUGCACGCCAGUUUCGAUGACGUUAAUAGCUGGAUGGAGAGGCUUACAAGGAGCAUGACCAACGAUGUGCGCCUAAAUAGUAACGAUAGGACAGAUAGUGACGCCUUCAGAGGCACAGUGUUCGCCACCCAGGUGGUCAUCGUAGUGCGCUGGGCUUGGAUCGGAUACGCUGUCGCCCUAGUCUCUUUGUCGGCGAUUUAUCUCGUGGUUGAAGUCGUGCGAACGAACCGGAGUGGAUUGCAGCCUUGGAAGUCUGAUGUUCUUUUGCCAGUCUGUAUGGACAUGGAUGAUGAGAUUAGGCUGAAAGCAGCGGGAGGUAUAUCAGAGCCGGGCGGUCUGAAGAGGCUGGUUGGGGAUGUUCCGGUUCAGCUAAAGGCUGACAGGACCGGUGUUGUCAGAUUCGCAAAAGAGGUGAAAACUGAUGGAACAAAUUCCGCUUGA